GCCAGUGCUAUAUUUUACAAAUCGUGUAAGAGUAAGGCCCAGGAAGCAUCAUGAGCCAGACAGCUGCGAGUCCUCUGAAGACCACUGGAGUUAAUUUCCUCAUAGAAGAGAACACCCGUCUUCAUCACACCAAUGACUAUGAGAAUGGACACCUGAUUGUGCGACGGGGGCAGGAAUUUAAGAUGAAGGUGACUUUUAACAGGGAGCUGAAUAAUAAUGACGAAGUCACUCUGAAACUCAGGAUUGGUGAAAAGGAAGAGGAAGAUGAAUCCAGUGGGACUUACUUAUAUUUAAACACAAGGUCACAGAGGAAUGAUGAACCAUGGCAUGCCAAGAUCUGUGCAACGACUGGAAAGGAGUGCCUCAUCGUUGUGUCCAGUCCCGCAGAUGCAAUUAUUGGGAAAUACCUUCUGAAUGUGGUGACAGGGAAUGAUAUUGAUACACUCAGACAAAACAUAUUCUACAUCUUGUUCAACCCAUGGUGCAAAGCGGAUUCUGUUUUCAUGCCUGAGGAGAACAAAAAAGCUGAGUAUGUGCUCAGUGACAAUGGAUAUCUAUAUACCUUAGGAAAUAAAAAUGGAAUUUACCAAAGACCUUGGCUUUAUGGGCAGUAUGAGAAAGACAUUUUGGAUUGCUGCAUGUUCCUUCUGGAUGAGAGUCAGCUCAAGCUGAAUGACAGAAGAGAUCCUGUGAAAAUCUCAAGAGCUAUGUCAGGUUUGAUUAAUAUGGAGGAGGACAAUGGAGUGCUCCAUGGAAAAUGGGGAACAUCAUAUGAAGGUGGCACUCAUCCUUUGGAAUGGACAGGAAGUGUCUUAAUGUUGCAGACAUAUUACGGAACAAAAAAAACUGUCUCAUAUGCCCAGAGCUGGGUUUUCUCUGGUGUCCUUACUACAGUUAUGCGCUGUUUGGGGAUUCCUACCAGAAGUGUGACCACCUAUCAUUGUGCACAUGAUACCCAGGAUAACAUAAGCAUUGAUGUAUACUACGAUGAAAAGGGGGAAAGAAUGAAACAUUCAGACUUUAUUUGGAACUUCCAUCUUUGGAAUGAAGUCUGGAUGAAAAGACCAGAUUUGCCAGAAGGCUAUGAUGGCUGGCAGGUGAUUGAUGGCACACCUCCGGAAAAGAGCAAAGUUACAGGAAUUGUUCAGUGUGGCCCUGCUUCAGUAAAAGCCAUCAAACAGGGGGAAGUUGGCCAUCGCUACGACACCAUGUUUGUCUUUUCUGAAGUGAAUGCGGACCAGGUCUCUUGGCGUAUGAAGGAGGUAAAUGGAGAGAAAAAAUUCAUAAAGUACAACACAGAUACCAGGUCCAUAGGAAGGAAUAUCAGCACCAAAGCUGUUGGAAAGGACACACGUGAGGACAUCACUAAUCAAUAUAAAUUUCCAGAAGGUUCUCAAGAGGAAAGAGAUGCUAUGAAAACUGCUUUGUCUUAUGUGAAGUCUCCUUCUGGUACAGAGGCAUUUUAUCCUAGUUCUUUCAAAGCAGACUUUGAGCUAGGGGUUCAAGAACAAAAACCUUUGUGGCCAGGGCAGCCCAUUGAUUUGAAUAUUGUUGUUCAAAGCAAAUCUUCAGGUGCAUGGACAGUCGACCUCUAUGCUUCCUGCCAUCUGGAGUCAUACACUGGGAGAUUAGAGACCAAGCUUGCAACUGUCCAUCAGACUUUCCAGGCAGCAGGCAAGACAGCUGUUCUGAUCCCCCUGAAAGUAGCUGCUGAUGUUUACAUGAACAAACUGACUUCUUCAGAGGAUGAGCUUCUGAUAAAAGUCAAUAUUUUUGCUGAUGUUAAAGAAACUAGUCAAAACCUUGCUAAACAGGUGGCCUUGAUCUUCCAGACCCCACCUCUUGAACUGAAGAUGCCAGAAACAGCAAAGAUUCAUGAAAAUUUUACCUGCGAAGUGAUUUUCAAGAAUAUCCUGUCAAUUCCCCUGGAAAACUGCAAACUGUGUGUAGAAGGCCUUGGCAUUUUUCCAGUGAGAACCUUUAACCACAGGCUUGUACCACCUGGUGGAAUCAUAACAUCCAAAAUACAAUGUGCAGCAAGGAAGACUGGCGAUAAAGCAGUCGUGGCCAAACUGAACUCCACUCAAGUCAAAGGAGUAAAUGAAGUGAAGUCUAUUAAGAUCACUGCAUAGGGCCAUUCCCAAAUGGCAUCAGGCAGUGUUAGAAGAUCUGUGCAUUUAAAUAUGCAUUUUUAAAAACAAGCUUGCAGCUUUAAU